AUGGGGGCAAAGGCAACGCCUGCGCCUUCCAAACAGUUGGUGGUCCCAGCUCCACAGGACCAGCCUCACGUGCCGAAGAAGGUGUACACCGAUUGUCGUCAUCGGAUCAACGACAAGAAGGAUGCCGAAUGGCAUAGGUCCCCAAUCAGGGUUAAUGCCUGCUUGCGGGACUCGUGGAUGAAGGUCCUGGGAGAUAAAUCGCCCCUUAGGAAGGUCUAG